GCGUGCGUGUGGAGGAAGUUGCCCAGCAGAUUGUUUCUGAUGUUAACAUACAUUGUUGCAACAGAAAAGUUCUCACAGCUGCUCGAAGCACGUGCAUACAACUUCUGGAGUUAGGAUGGCUGUGUUGUUUUUUGAAGCUCUGGGGGCCCUGCUGCCCCGGGCACUGUGCGCGUGCUCACUGUCCGGUGCACUGUGCAUGUGCGCGCUCGCGCUAGCGGCGCUCCUCGGCGCGCGCCUCGCGCAGCUGCUGUGGAGGCGCAAGCGCUUCUCGUGCUUCAGCGUUCCGCCGCAGCGCAACUGGUUUCUGGGGCACAUGGGUAUGUUCCGGUCUGAUGAAGUGGGUCUUCAGGAGGUGGAUGAGCUUGUAAGGACGUACCAUCACUCCUGUGCCUGGUUCCUUGGUCCUUUUUAUAACCUUGUGAGAGUUUUUCAUCCUGACUACGUCAAACCUUUGCUUCUUGCCUCGGCUUCUAUUACAUUUAAAGAUGAACUGUUCUAUGGGUUUAUGAGACCAUGGCUUGGACAGGGCCUUCUACUGAGCAAUGGAAAACAGUGGUCUCGUCAGCGUCGUCUUCUCACUCCGGCCUUUCACUUUGACAUCCUGAAAAGCUACAUUCAUAUCUUCAACAGCUCCACUAACAUCAUGCAUGAGAAAUGGCGCCGUCUGCUGGCAGAAGGGAAGAAUGACUUUGACAUGUUUGAACACGUGAGCUUGAUGACACUUGACAGUCUCCUGAAAUGCACUUUCAGCUAUGACAGCCACUGCCAGGAAAAAUCCAGCUUGUACAUCUCUGCCAUUUUUGAACUAAGUGAGUUGGUGGUGAAGAGGCAGCGCUGCCUCCUUCAUCACUGGGAGUGGCUGUAUAAGCGCUCUGCAGACGGGCAGCGUUUCCAUCGGGCCUGUGAAAUUGUUCACAACUUCACCGCCAAAGUUGUACAAGAGCGCCGUUCCCAGUUUCUCAGUCAGGAACAGACUGAAAGCAGCACACAUGCAAGCAGGAAGAGGAGAGCAAUUGACUUCAUAGAGGUGCUGCUUCUGUCAAAGGAUGAGAAUGGAGAAGGUCUGUCAAACGAGGAAAUUAAAGCUCAAGCAGACACGUUCAUGUUCGCAGGUCAUGACACAACAGCGAGUGCAAUCUCCUGGGUUCUGUUUAAUCUGGCCAUGCACCAGGAGUACCAAGACCGCUGUCGUUCUGAGAUCAAUGCGCUUCUUGAAGACAGAAACACUGACGAGCUUGUCUGGGAAGACCUGAGUAACCUGACCUUUACAACCAUGUGCAUUAAGGAAAGUAUGAGGAUUUGUCCACCUGUGUUGGCUUUAACCCGAUACUACUCUCAGGAUAUAAAUGUUCCUGGGGGACGCAUACUACCAGAGGGAGCUAUCGGUCUGAUCAGUGUUUAUGGUACCCAUCGCAAUCCAGAUGUGUGGCCUAAUCCAGAGGUGUUUGACCCAAUGCGGUUUGACCCUGACAACCAGAAACAACGCUCCCCAUAUGCUUAUAUUCCCUUUUCAGCUGGUCCAAGGAACUGUGUUGGUCAAAACUUUGCCAUGGCGGAGAUCCGUGUGGUUCUGGCACUUACUCUGAGAAGAUUCAGGGUUCUUCCAGGGUCCAGAUUACCAAAUCGUCUUUAUUUGCUCAUAAUGAGAGCAGAAGGAGGCCUUCCUCUAAUGCUGGAACCCCUGUCACCUCCCACAAGUUAAAACAGACACACAUACUUUAGCCCACUAGCAUUUUGAAAACUUGCACAGCAACAAAUAUGUGAUUGACUAUUUUAUCAUUAUUUUCACUGAUAUUUGACCUGUUCUGUAAAGGGAAAUGUGGAGUUUUAGAGAUGCAGAACAUUCAGAGGUCACCAACACAUUAUCAGUAUGGACACAUAAUCAGUAAGAAUCUGUCUAUGGUUAUGUGGAUCCUUCCUUAUUCCUUUUUUCCUGUUUUCCUAUUUACUCUUUUUUUCUUGGCUUUGUGCAAUUUACGAUGAACUUAUUUAUAGAAGUGCACUAUUGAGGGCCAAGCCUUGCUCAAGCGCCCAACUGUAGACCUUUAAAUCAGAAGGAAACAUGUUGCAGUUUUUCUCAGUCGCUUUGGAGCCUUUCUCCUCAAUAUUUGCAAACCAGUAAGUGCACAUUGUCAAAACAAUGUGUACAAUGAAAAGUCCUUUUGUCAUUGUUCACAAACAAGAUCGUCAAAAUGUUCAGUCAUGUUAUCAGGAUGACGCUGCACAGUUUCAGUAUUUCUUGAUGUAAACUAAGGUUUGGGUCACAAUGAUUAUUAAUGCACAAAAUUAUAAUUUUUUCUGUUUGGCAUCUAUGAAUUUCAGUAGCACAAAUUUAUUUGAUUGCAUAUUUGCAAAUUUUUAUUGAUUGCAAGAGAUCGUUCAGGAUUCACACUUUUAC